UCCACACUGUGUUGACCCCCACUUGCCCCAGCUGUUCAGAGUAGCCCACACUCAUGGCCCAAGUUCAAGAAGGAUGGAGCAAUUGGUGUCAGGGACCAUUCAGCCAGUUCUCAGGAGAGAAACCAGAGGAUGAGGGAAGAUGAGGCACACUUCUGUCUACUUUUGCUCUUGACUCAGCAAAGCCUUUUUAGUCCCAUAUGUCCACUGAUUGCUUUGGGCAGAGGCAAUGUAUGUACCCAUCUGGCUUUGGCUGUGAUGGAUGUGGGCAGGGGCUGGGAGUUACUAAGUAAUCUGAGGUGGCUUACAUUGAGGUUGGUCCCCUAACUUCAGAAUUACCUCUUCUUGUCCACCCUGCCUUUCUGUGUUUUUCCUUCAUGGCUGGCAGUCUCUUUCCCCUCCCUGUGCUUUUCAUAACAGUUUCCCCGUGACCCCCAGGUCAUUGGUUUCUCUUCUCCCCACAGCCUGUCCUCCUUCAGGCUCUGUUGCCUAUGUAACCCAGAACUUUUCCCUGCUCCCUGCUUCCCUGGCUACAAUCUCAGCUUCCAAGUUAUGCUUGAGGGCUUCACAGCGUGGCUCAGCCUGCUCCCAAGCCCUUCACUGCCAGGGCUCUCCAUGAAUUCAGUCAGGGUCUCCAGUUCCACCUGCUCCUUGACACUCACUGAAUUGUCUUGAGCCCCGGUCAUUGUGCAGGCUGUGCCCUCAGCCCAGAUAGCAUGUCUGCCACAUCCCAGUCCAGAAACCAUCCUUUGAGAUCCAUUCCCUAGUCUCUUUGGAAGGUGUAUUAGUGAAUUUUUCUAACUCGGCCCGUACUGACCAUUAGUCAAGCAUGUUUGGACUGAAGGGUUGGCUUUCUGUAUCUAGGCAAGAGGGCAUAUGACAGGGUGCCAGUCUUGGGGUGGAUGUGCUAAGCUUGUGGGGGAAGAGCAAGAGAAGGGAAGUGAGUGAGUUGCAGAGACUACCAGCAGAUGCUGAGGAAUUCAAAACCCCCAGCGGUGUUAUUCAGAGCAGCAUCUAGAGAAAAGGAGGUGACAUUUGAUGUUCUGCUAAGGUCAAAGGUUUUGUGACCUUGACAAAUAGGUCUGAAUACAAAGCCUUAGGUGGUACAUUGAGAAAGCAAAGUUAGGCCUUAUUAAGUCUGCCCAGAGAGUAAUAUGGCAGGAGAUGGUGAUGGGCCGUUAAAGGCAGGGUGGUCCUUUCCUGGGUGCUAUGCCGGGUUCUCCUGGGGCUAUGGAAACUUCAGGAACAGUUUGCCUGUUCCGAAGAAGGGCUGGCAGCCUGGAAAUAUAGGGAGUGAGCUCCCUCUUGGAGAGGUAUAAGCAGGAGUUGGAUGGUAUCUCACGAGAGUCUGAAGCCACCAGAAGUUACUUCUGCCCUUCAACCUCAGCAUAUGCCUUAGGCUCCAGCAAUGAAUGCCCACUCCAAGGAGAUGGUGCCCCUCAUGGGCAAAAGAACCACUGCACCUGGCGGGAACCCUGCUGUGCUGACAGAGAAGAGGCCGGCAGAUCUCACCCCCACCAAGAAGAGUGCACACUUCUUCCUGGAGAUAGAAGGAUUUGAGCCCAACCCCACUGUUACCAAGACCUCUCCCCCAAUCUUCUCCAAGCCGAUGGACUCCAACAUCCGGCAGUGCCUCUCUGGCAACUGUGAUGACAUGGACUCUCCUCAGUCUCCUCAGGAUGAUGUGACAGAGACCCCAUCCAAUCCCAACAGUCCAAGCGCAAACCUGGCCAAGGAAGAACAGAGGCAGAAGAAGAAGCGGCUGAAGAAGUGCAUCUUCGCGGCUGUAUCAGAGGGCUGCGUGAGGGAGCUGCGGGAACUCCUGCAGGAUCUGCAGGAGCUCUGCAGACGGCGCCGCGGCCUGGAUGCGUCUGACUUCCUCAUGCACAAGCUGACAGCCUCAGACACUGGGAAGACCUGCCUGAUGAAAGCUUUGCUCAACAUCAACCCCAACACCAAAGAGAUCGUGCGGAUUCUGCUUGCCUUCGCUGAGGAGAAUGACAUCCUGGACAGGUUCAUCAAUGCAGAGUACACGGAAGAGGCCUACGAAGGGCAGACAGCGCUGAACAUUGCCAUCGAGCGGCGCCAGGGAGACAUCACAGCAGUGCUCAUAGCAGCGGGUGCUGACGUCAACGCUCACGCCAAGGGGGUCUUCUUCAACCCAAAAUACCAGCACGAAGGCUUCUAUUUUGGUGAGACGCCCCUGGCCUUGGCAGCAUGUACCAACCAGCCUGAGAUCGUGCAGCUGCUGAUGGAGAAUGAGCAGACAGACAUCACUUCUCAGGACUCUCGGGGAAACAACAUCCUGCAUGCGCUGGUGACAGUGGCUGAGGACUUCAAGACCCAGAAUGACUUUGUUAAGCGCAUGUAUGACAUGAUUCUGCUGAGGAGUGGCAACUGGGAGCUGGAGACCAUGCGCAACAAUGACGGUCUCACGCCACUGCAGCUGGCUGCCAAGAUGGGCAAGGCUGAGAUCCUGAAGUAUAUCCUUGGCCGUGAGAUCAAGGAGAAGCCUCUCCGGAGUCUGUCCAGAAAGUUCACGGACUGGGCAUAUGGGCCUGUGUCAUCCUCACUCUAUGACCUCACCAACGUGGACACGACGACAGAUAACUCUGUGCUGGAGAUCAUCGUCUACAACACCAACAUUGAUAACCGGCAUGAGAUGCUGACCCUGGAGCCUCUGCAUACACUGCUGCAUAUGAAGUGGAAGAAAUUUGCCAAGUACAUGUUCUUCUUGUCCUUCUGCUUCUAUUUCUUCUACAACAUCACCCUGACCCUCGUCUCUUACUACCGUCCUCGGGAAGAUGAGGCUCUCCCACACCCCUUGGCCCUGACACAUAAGAUGAGUUGGCUUCAGCUCCUAGGGAGGAUGUUUGUUCUUAUCUGGGCCAUGUGCAUCUCUGUGAAAGAGGGUAUUGCCAUUUUCCUGCUGAGACCCUCUGAUCUUCAGUCCAUCCUGUCAGAUGCCUGGUUUCAUUUUGUAUUUUUUGUCCAAGCUGUGCUUGUGAUACUGUCUGUAUUCUUGUACUUGUUUGCCUACAAAGAAUACCUUGCCUGCCUCGUGCUGGCCAUGGCCCUGGGCUGGGCGAACAUGCUCUACUACACGAGAGGCUUCCAGUCUAUGGGCAUGUACAGUGUCAUGAUCCAGAAGGUCAUUUUGCACGAUGUUCUCAAGUUCUUGUUUGUUUACAUCCUGUUCUUACUUGGAUUUGGAGUAGCGCUGGCCUCACUGAUUGAGAAAUGCUCCAAGGACAAAAAGGACUGCAGCUCCUACGGCAGCUUCAGCGAUGCGGUGCUGGAGCUCUUCAAGCUCACCAUAGGCCUGGGCGACCUGAACAUCCAGCAGAACUCCACCUACCCCAUCCUCUUUCUCUUCCUACUCAUCACCUAUGUCAUCCUCACCUUUGUCCUGCUCCUCAACAUGCUCAUCGCCCUGAUGGGGGAGACGGUGGAGAACGUCUCCAAAGAGAGUGAGCGGAUCUGGCGCUUGCAGAGAGCCAGGACCAUCUUGGAGUUUGAGAAAAUGUUACCAGAAUGGCUGAGAAGCAGAUUCCGCAUGGGAGAGCUGUGCAAAGUAGCUGAUGAGGACUUCCGGCUGUGCCUGAGGAUCAACGAGGUGAAGUGGACUGAAUGGAAAACACACGUGUCUUUCCUCAAUGAAGAUCCAGGGCCCAUAAGACGGACAGCAGAUUCAAACAAAAUUCAAGAUUCUUCCAGGAGCAAUAGCAAAACCACCCUCUAUGCAUUUGAUGAAUUAGAUGAAUUUCCAGAAACAUCAGUGUAGACGCAUGGCUGAAGGCUGAUGUGAACACUGUGGUCUGAUGCUGCAGGCCAAGCCCCGGCGCUGAAGUGCUAUGCAGAGUGCUAGACUAGAAGCAAAACACUCCUCACAGUGGCUGGUGGCUGCUGAAGGGCAGCAGUCACGAUCUGAAAGGAAGGCUCCUUGGGUUUUGUGACUCCAGAGGUCAGUAGAAAUCCAUGGCCAGCAGUUCUGAGUCUGGAAGUCUCCUGAUGCCCCAGGUGAGGUACCUGCAGGUUGGCUUGGCUCCAAGACGCAUGUGCUGGGGAAGACGGAGCUGGGGUCGGAGGAGUGGGGAGAGCAGUCUUCUCUCUACUAUGUUCUGUUGUUAGGGCCAGCUCUUCCUUUGCCUCCACGACUGUGAUUUGUGGGGGAUCCUGUCCUAGCAUGUCUAGAAGAUCUGAGCUAAGUUGAUCUACCUGGGGAAUAAGGGAAUGAGCUAUGGGGAAUACCCUUAUUGAGUCUCCAUCGAGCAGGAAGCUGGACUCCAUCCUUGGACUGAAACCCAAGGCUAAACCUAUCUCCAACAGAGAGAUGUUUUAACAGUGUAACUGACACAAAAUUUUUAUUUUUAGUUCAGAAAAGCCAUUUCACUUUUGAAUGAAAAUUACUUCAGAUGAAGUAGGCAACUUUAAAAGCUAAGAAAUAGAUUUUGGGCUUUUGGACUGAAUGUAAGUAUUAUAUACUAGGCCUCAGGAUGGUCAGGGUCAGGACAAUAAAAUUUUCCUCAUGCACACAAAGCCUGAGGGAGACAGGCUGUGAUCUAGGGAAAAGGUUUGGUGUCCAUCUUCUUUCAGUCCCAUCCAGUGCUGGCCUCACUUUAUCUGAGAUGAAAAUAGCAGCUGAUCUGCUGAGAGGGUUUUAAAACUGAGAGAUGACUAGCACGCGCCAGUGUUUCGUAUGUUUUUGUUAACUGUGAAUACUGAAACUGUAGUAGAAGGCUUCUGAGGAAAGGAUAUCUGUCAAACUUAGGGCUGACUUCUUAUCCUCAGCCUAAGUUUUUUUUUUUUCUCCUUGAAAUUUCAGAGUCAGUUUGGGGUGUAGAGGUAGAGAUUGGAGAAUUUCUCCAGUGGCUAGAACUGAAAUGUUCCUCCCAACCCCAGCCUGCACUCUUCUGUUAUUUAGUGAUAGGAUUCAUGUGGAAAGGUUUGAGAUGGAAUCAUAGAUGAUUAUGAAGAUUUUUUUUUAAUGUUAAAGAGGGUGGACAUAAGUUGGGACUUUAGUAAACUUGGCAAUUGGUGAGCUAAUCAGUCUAGAGACCAGACAAAGCAGUUCACUCUGGCAGGUUUCUCCAUUCUAGAAGGUUCCAAGUACCAGCUUAGCUGGACAGGUGAAAAGUUGGUCAUUUCAUCCUGAAUGGCCAGGUCAGGGGAGAUGGUGGAUGGUACAGCAUGGACGGCUGCCCAGUCUGCAGCAGCCACUACCUGCUCAACCUUCUAGAGUCUACAUUGCUCAAAGAUCACACUCAAGUAGGGGAAGAUGACAAAGCAUGUGUUUUUGGAAAAGCAAGAACCUGAGGGGGACAUCAUGGGAAGGAUGGGCAGAAAUAGUCAGAAAACUGGAUUGAGAUUUUGGUUCAGUUCAGUAGACAGCUGCUUCGGGAGUUUUAAGUAUUCAAGAAAUGGGGUGAGCACUUGUUGGGGAAGAAGCUGAAGAAAGCAGUUAGGUGAAUCUUAAGGUUCCUAGACAUUCUACAAGCCAGUAUUCCAUAGCUGGAGUCUCCUUGAGUUACCUGAACAGAAGGUCCUGUUUAAAGGGCAACCACUGGUUCUAGGGAGCUGGCGUUCCAGCUUCGUGCUGCCUUGGAAGUCAGGAGAUAAAGCCACAUAGCUUUGCAUUUCCCACUUGAAUGGAAGGCGUGUCACGUUGGGCAGAUAGAAAUAACCAGCUUCUCACAUGUUGUGGAGAUCUGCUUUUGGUGGAUCUGGGUGGAGUUUGUUGGCAAACUAAUUUCUAAACUUGCUAUUCAUCUAAAUGUGGGACCCUCUCCCCCAAUGAAGGCUUCAAGCCCAGAAUGUCAAGCUAAGAAAGUUCAUCAAAGCAAGGAAAAGGCAUCUCAACAAAUGGUGUCCUAUUCAAAAGGACCAAAUCCCUCAUUAUAUAUGUGGAGACUCAGGCUCUGGAAUGAACAUGACUUGUUCUAAGUCAUGUCAGAGUAGGAGAUGCUAGGAUGUUCUGAUUUCUGAGCCACAGGGAUCCUUUUGCAGCUUUUAUCAUUGAGUCUUUUUGUAGUUGCCACAUUGAGGGGCUAGUUCUCUCUCUUCUCUCUCUCCUCCCCGACCCCCUCUCUCUGUCUCUCUCUCGUGUCUUGGAAGUUAGCAUUGUUCGUACAACCCAAUAACAAGUCUAAAGGUCAAAUGUGCCUAAAGCCACACAAUAACAACAAAAAUAGCA